GCUGCGGUAACGGGAACCAGCUGUCCCGGCUCAUGUGAUGCCGGCGCCCGGCCAGCGCUGCCCGCGGGGGUGUCCUGGCCCCCAGUCCGGGGAGGGACGGGUCCCAGGUCCACAGGAGGGUGGGCACAGCAUGCUGCCUCCACCCGGCCCCCCGGCUCAGGCUCUCCCCAGUGUUCAGCCGCUCCCCAGGAUGUGGUGGCCCUUGCUGCUGGUCCCUGCGGCGCUGGCCCAGCUGCGCCCGGAGCGGGAACUCGAUGCGCAGUGGGAGCUCUGGAAAAAAACCCACCGCAAGCAGUACAAUGGCAAGGAGGACGAGCUGACACGGAGGCUGAUUUGGGAGAAGAACCUCAAAUACAUCAACACCCACAACCUGGAGUACGCCCUGGGCGUCCACACCUUCGAGCUGGCCAUGAACCACCUGGGUGACAUGAGCAGCGAGGAGGUGCUGAGGACAAUGACCGGGCUGAAGGUGCCCCGUGGUCACCAACGUCACAACGAGACGCUCUUUGUCCCCGACUGGACCGAGAGAGCUCCGGCUGCCAUGGACUGGCGCAAGAAAGGCUACGUGACCCCUGUCAAGAACCAGGGCCAGUGUGGCUCAUGCUGGGCUUUCAGCUCGGUGGGUGCCCUGGAGGGGCAGCUGAAGAGGAAAACAGGGAAGCUGCUGUCCCUCAGCCCCCAAAACCUGGUGGAUUGUGUGGCUAACAACGACGGCUGCGGGGGCGGGUACAUGACCAACGCCUUCGAGUACGUGCGGCAGAACCGCGGCAUCGACUCCGAGGACUCCUAUCCCUACAUUGGCCAGGACGAGAGCUGCAUGUACAGCCCCACUGGGAAGGCGGCCAAGUGCCGCGGCUACCGUGAGAUUCCCGAAGGGAAUGAGAAGGCUCUGAAGAGGGCGGUGGCCCGGAUUGGUCCCAUCUCCGUGGGCAUCGACGCCAGCCUGCCCUCCUUCCAGUUCUACAGCCGGGGUGUGUACUACGACGAGAGCUGCAAUGCCGAGAACAUCAACCACGCCGUGCUGGCCGUGGGCUACGGGGCACAGAAGGGCACCAAGCACUGGAUCAUCAAGAACAGCUGGGGCGAGGAAUGGGGCAACAAGGGCUACGUCCUCCUAGCCCGCAACAUGAACAACGCCUGUGGCGUGGCCAACCUGGCCAGCUUCCCCAAGAUGUGAGGAGCACACCCAGCCCUUCCCUGCCCACUGCCCUGCCUUCAGCUUGGCCUCUUCCCUCCCAGUCUCAAAGAUGACGGUGCUCCCAGGGGGAAUUCUUUGUCUCCGUGAGAAAUUUCCCUCAAAAAGGAAAUUUCCCUCAAAAAGGAAGGGGAGAGAGAACCCUCUUCCACCUGCAGGGAGUAGGGGACAAACCCCCCUCAACUCUGUUUUCCACACUUUGCCAUGCUGGCUUCUGCCUUCCCAUGGACUGUGCUUGGCUAGAUCCAAGGCCAAUCCACCCAGACAUGCUUCAGGAAACAGGUUCCACAGCAGCCUCUGCCUCAGGAACACUGGGGUGGAGGUGGGACAUUCCCAGUGGAGAACAUAGACCCCUCUCCCUCCACCCUGUAUCCCAGAGGAGGCUGCUGAGAAUGAUGUGACUUCAUUUUUCAACUAAAAUCGGGAAUAAGGCUUGGA